AGUUUGGAUUGUACAAAAUUAAACCUAAGAAAAGAAGGGUCCUGAAUUUCAGAGUCUCAUUUCUCAAUCAAGUCUUUAUUUAUAAUAUGGAAGUACACUUCCAGAAAGAAUUAUGAUGAAUUCAUUAUAAGGCGCAGGUGGUCGAAUUUAGUUCCCCAAUUAAAUAUUUUUGCUUGUCAUUUCGAGAAUAAAGAUGGAUAUUAUUCAAACAAAUUGUUUUAUUUUCUUGGCACAAGCAGUUUGUUUGAAAGCAUAAGAAGAAGGAUCCAGUGUGUGUCCCUCAAAAUUUUUGAAGAAGAACAAGCUUGGAAGUUCAUAUUUACAAUGCUACAAGGAAAGUAUAUUGGCGAGGCUGGCAAGGAAAUCUUUGGUCCAUCUAGAAUUCUCACCGGUGAUAUUACCAACUUCGCUUGGACCCUCGACAGGUUUGAGUACAUGGAAAGCCUUCUGAUAUGGCACAUAGCCACUGAAAUCUGCUACGGAAAAGGAUGUCCAGAUAACAGCUCCAGCAGUUCUACUUCUACAUCUACUAAUUGUUUUGAUCAUCGAAAAAUAUGUAAGUUGAUUUCAGAUUAUAUGUUUUACCUUUUGGUAAUGGAGCCUACCAUGACAGCUACCUCGCCUAACAAUUUGAAGAUAGUUUUUGAGGGCGAAGAUGAAACAGAUGUAACAUGGAAGUGGCGGCCACGUUAUUGGGAGGAGGAAUCCAAAGAAACAUCAAUUAAAGAUCUCGAUAAGCUGGAUGAGCAAUUGGAAGACGAAGCUAAAACGGGUCAUAUAGAUCUAGAUCUGUUGAAGAAAGAUGUGGACAAGUUAACCUCCUAUGAAAAGGAUAGCAUAGCUCGCUUUCGAAGAAUAACCGUUGCAGGUUUUCUUGCCAUGGAGCUCCUCCAAUACCAGCCCGGUGGUUGCCCGUGGAACUUAAUGAGCAAAUUUUGGGUAGAAAUAUUAUGCUAUGCUGCUAUUCAUUGCCAACCCAUUGUCCAUGCACGACAAGUAAGCAGAGGCGGACAACUUCUCACCUUGGUUUGGUUGUUGAUCAAUUACUUGGGAUUAACUCCUUCACAGGGAUUCCUUGGCGGGUUGGAGGUCAUCUGAGCCACUUCAUGAAAUUGUCUGUCAAAUAUAAUUCAAGAGUGUUC